AUGACCAAAUUCAGGCCUUGUAUUGACCUUCAUUCUGGUCAAGUCAAACAGAUUGUCGGAGGCACAUUGAGCAAUGUAUCCGCAGACUUGAAGACAAACUAUGUAUCGAAGCUCCCCGCCAGCCAUUACGCCGAAUUAUAUCGGAAGCACGACUUACGCGGGGGCCAUGCUGUGAUGCUUGGGCCUGGGAAUGAUGAAGCUGCAAAGGAGGCACUCAGGACGUGGCCUGGGGGGAUCCAGGUUGCAGGUGGCAUCAACGACAAGAAUGCCCAGUACUGGGUUGAUCAGGGCGCCGAGAAGGUUAUCAUUACAUCUUUCCUCUUUCCAGAGGGGAAGUUCUCUCUCGAGCGACUAGAAUCAGUCUUGUCGGCACUUGGUGGUGAUAGAUCGAAGCUGGUCUUAGAUCUGAGCUGCCGAAGAAAGGACAAUACCUGGUUUGUGGCUAUGAAUCGCUGGCAAACCAUUACGAAGAUGGAAAUCACCCAGGAAUCGAUUUCACUAUUGGAGCCGUAUUGUUCCGAGUUCCUUAUUCAUGCAGCCGACGUCGAGGGAUUACAGCAGGGUAUCGAUGAGGAAUUGGUGUCCAAGCUAGCUCAGUGGUGCACCAUCCCCAUUACAUACGCUGGAGGUGCGCGUAGUUUGCAGGAUCUAGAAAAGGUUCACACGAGCAGUCAAGGGAAGGUUGACUUGACGAUUGGAAGCGCUCUGGACAUUUUUGCCGCCACCGUCAAGAUGAAGCCUGUCGUGUCGGUCUUAAAUGCGUGGUCCUGCGUGGUCAUCUCUCUUUUCGCCAUUGUCAUCCUUUCAGUCCUUGGAUCAUUAUACAAGAGGGAACACCAUGGAUUCACUGGCUCCGAGGGUGAGCCAGAGGACGGUUCUGCAGUUGCAGCCUCGCUUUUCACAGCCGUUUUCGUUUACAUCGCUUUCUUCGUGUUUUGCGCCUUCCAAGCCUACCUUCACAUGCGGAGUAACAGGGGCGGAGCUAUAUCCCUGAACUAG